UUUUCUUUACGAUUCGAUCAAGAUGGCCACCUCGAAAAAGAAGACCAGGAAGCUUCGUGGACACGUAAGCCACGGCCACGGUCGUAUUGGCAAACAUAGAAAACAUCCUGGAGGUCGUGGUAAUGCCGGAGGUCUGCAUCACCACCGUAUCAACUUUGACAAAUACCAUCCUGGAUACUUCGGAAAGCUCGGUAUGAGAAAUUAUCACGUGCGCAAAAACUCGACAUGGUGUCCAACUCUUAAUCUGGAUAAAUUAUGGACUCUUGUUUCUGAGCAAACUAGAUUAAGAUACAAAGACAACACCAAUGGAAAAGUUCCUGUCAUUGAUCUUUCCAAGGCUGGUUAUUACAAACUUUUGGGCAAAGGGCGUCUACCUGAUCAACCCGUUAUUGUUAAGGCUAAAUUCUUCAGUAAGAAAGCAGAAGACAAAAUCAAGGCUGUUGGAGGUGCCUGUGUACUCAGCGCUUAAUUAUCGAUUGCCGAGACUUUGAGUGAGACCCGAAGACCUGUCUACAAAUGUAUAAUAACCAUGAAUGCUUAAUAAAAAUAAAAUGUUUUUCCAAUACAAAA